CGAAACGCUUUAGAGCGUCGGCUCUUGGGUAAUGUUUAAAACAGGUGGGAACACAACAUUUAAAACAAAAAAGUUUGAGGGAGCGAGCACACCAACAUCGCGCAGAGUUCUUCGAGCUGCGGUGGAUCAUAUCCGGAGCUUGUUGGACUCGGUUCUCCCUUCACAGAACCAUAAACUAUGGAUGCUUUGAAGUCGGCUGGCAGGGCUAUUAUUCGAAGUCCGAGUCUUGCGAAACAGUCAUGGAGUGCAGGCAAACACAAAAAGCUCCCAGAGAACUGGACAGACACCCGGGAGACGCUUGUGGAGGGCAUGACCUUCAACCUGAAGUACCUGGGCGUGACGCUGGUGGAGCAGCCCAAGGGCGAGGAGCUGUCUGCUGCUGCAGUCAAGAGGAUUGUUGCCACAGCCAAAGCCAGUGGAAAGAAGCUCCAGAAGGUGACCUUAAAUGUAUCCCCCCGGGGCAUUAUCCUGUAUGACAGCUUGUCCAACCAGGUGAUCGAGAACAUAUCAAUAUACAGGAUAUCGUACUGCACGGCCGACAAGAUGCACGACAAGGUAUUCGCCUACAUCGCCCAGAGCCAGCAGAACGAGACGCUGCAGUGCCACGCGUACCUCUGUACCAAGAGGAAAGUGGCGCAGGCUGUGACUCUAACUGUGGCGCAAGCCUUCCGAGUGGCCUUUGAGUUCUGGCAAGUCGCCAAAGAAGAGAAGGAGAAGUGGGUGAAGUCUGGUUCUGAUGGUGAAGUGACCAGCAGCUCCCAGUCCGAGAGGUCUGCGAGCAUAGCCAGCCUCAAAGGAGGGGAAGUCGCUACGGGGAACCUGUUGGAUUUGGACGAGGGUGCCAUCGCCGGGCUUGCCAGCCUGCGCGAGGAUUCCGGCCAUCUGGACGAUGCCUUUGUGGCACAGUGCCAUCAUGCAGAAAACAACAAUACCAUAUGGGAACUCGAUGAUGGUUUGGACGAAGCCUUUUCCAGGCUCGCUGAAUCUCGUACUAACCCCCAAGUCCUGGACAUUGGGGUGACGCCUCAGGACUUAAACGCCAACGAGUGCCUGCUGUCUCCUAGCGACUGGGAGAACGCCAACGCCGCCAACGGAGAGGACCUGUUCCGGCUGUGAGUGCAGUGACCCCCCCGGCCGCGGCGGGAGGGGGAGGCGCGCAGCCGGUGCUCCCUGGAGGGCCCACUGCCAGCUCCCCGUGGGCUCUAGCUGGGAGGACCACUGACCCGGCCCAGAUCACUGAUGUGUGCUGUCUGUUUCCGCAACGCCUUCACCAGAGCAAUAAUAAACUAUUCAAACCAGU